AUGGCAAAGACUGGACUUGUAGUUUUUAUCCUGGUGAUCACCUUACUCCUGGACCAGACCACCAGCCACGCGUCCAGAUUAAAAGCUAGGAAGCACAGCAAACGCCGAGUGAAAGAAAAGGAUGGAGACCUGAAAACCCAAGUUGAAAAGCUCUGGAGAGAAGUCAAUGCCCUCAAGGAAAUGCAAGCCCUGCAGACAGUCUGUCUCCGAGGAACCAAAUAUCAUAAGAAAUGCUACCUUGCUUCAGAAGGCUUGAAGCAUUACCAUGAAGCCAAUGAAGACUGCAUUUCCAAGGGAGGUACCUUGGUUAUCCCCAGGAACUCUGACGAAAUUAACGCCCUCCGAGACUAUGGUAAAAGGAGCAUGCCAGGUGUCAAUGACUUUUGGCUGGGCAUCAAUGACAUGGUCGCAGAUGGCAAGUUCGUUGACGUCAAUGGAGCCACAAUCUCCUUCAUCAACUGGGACCGUGCACAGCCUAAUGGUGGCAAACGGGAAAACUGUGUCCUGUUCUCCCAGUCAGCUCAGGGGAAGUGGAGUGAUGAGGUCUGUCGCAGCACUAAGAGGUACAUCUGUGAGUUUACCAUCCCUUAA